UACUCUUUUAAAAAGGGUAACCCAGAGACAGAGCAGGGACAGAGAGCAGGGAAACCAAAAAUCCUCUGUUUUUUUUUAAUCAAAAAUUCUAAUCAGAGAAAUCGAAACUUCUUGGAUCCUCUCUAGAGAUCUCUUUGUAUAUUAGAAAGGAGAGGAGAUACUAUCAUCCCUUGAAACGUUUUUGACUCGUUCUGAAAGAGAUGUCAGGUUGUGAACAAACAAGAGAGAAGCUAUCAGAUUCUGAGUGCAUAGAGGAUGAGCCAAGGCGUUCUAGAAUUGGGAAUCUGAGAAAGAAGGCUAUUAGUUGUUCUAGUAAACUUACACAUCCUUUGAAGAGGAAAGGCAAACGUAAAAUCGGUUCCAUGGUUCCUUUGAUUGAAGAUGUUAGGGAUGAGAAUGAGGAGAAGAUUGUUUCUAAACUGCGUCAAGAGCUUCUCAAGAAAGAUUUGUUGCCUCCUAGGCAUGAUGAUUACCAUAUGUUGUUAAGGUUUCUCAAAACCAUGGAAUUCAAAAUUGAGAAGACUGUCACGGCAUGGGAAGAAAUGCUUAAAUGGAGGAAAGAAUUUGGAACCGAUAGCAUUAUACAGGAUUUCAAUUUCAAAGAGUUGGACAAAGUGACAAGGCACUAUCCUCAAGGGUAUCAUGGAGUUGAUAAAGAUGGGAGACCUAUCUAUAUUGAGAGACUUGGGAAAGCUCAUCCUGGUAAGCUUAUGGAAGUUACUACCAUAGAGCGAUACUUGAAGUACCAUGUACAAGAAUUUGAGAGGACCCUUCAAGAGAAGCUCCCUGCGUGUUCAAUUGCAGCAAAGCGACGAGUCACUACAACAACUACAAUACUAGAUGUUGAAGGCCUGGGCAUGAAGAACUUUACUCCGACAGCUGCUAAUCUCCUAGCCACCAUUGCUAAAGUAGAUUGCAAUUAUUACCCUGAGACUUUGCACCGAAUGUUCAUUGUCAAUGCAGGGAUUGGUUUCAGGAAUAUUCUUUGGCCUGCCGCGCAGAAGCUUCUUGAUCCUAUGACUAUUGCAAAGAUACAAGUUUUGGAGCCAAGGUCCUUGUCAAAGUUACUUGAAGCAAUUGAUUCCAGUCAACUUCCAGAAUUCUUAGGAGGCUUAUGCAAAUGUCCUAACGAGGGAGGGUGCUUGAGGUCUAACAAAGGACCCUGGAAUGAUCCUGAAAUAGUUGAGCUCGUACAUCACAUGGAAGUAAAUCCUAUACCGCAAACGAUAAAAGCCCCUCUUCAUAUAAGAGAUCAUGAUUCCACCACUCACAUGAUCCCUCCUAAAGAAAGGUAUAACGAGACUUUAAAAGAAGAGCCAGAGUCUGAAGAACAUUACUCUUCCACUGGGUCAAGAUCUUCAAUGUACACACGUUUAGGUCCUCCACUCUCUGAUAAGGCUAGUACAUCAGAUGGUGAUAAAUUCAUUACCACCGUGGAAUCUGUAGAACUGGCUCAAGGAGAACGGUCUCAAACCCAAUCACUUAACACGAACGAUGAUAACUCUUCUUCUGCAAACUCAUCCAGAAGAGAAGGUGGUCAGAGUUUACGUUUUAAUACUCUUAGAGAGAUCAACAGCGAUAAAAUCUUCAGCUUGGUGAAAAUACUAGUAGCCUUUCCACUGAAGCUAUUUGCUCUCUUUGUUUUCUUAUUGCCUGGAUACUGGCAAAGACAGAACACAUUUGUAGUACCAGAUUCAUCGAUAAACAACCAGGUUCUUGAGUGUCUAGAUCGUCUAAAGAAGAUGGAGAAAGAGUUCACAGAGAUAAGUAGAAAACCUGUAAAAAUCCCAGAGGCGAAUGAGAAGCUGUUAACAGAGUCACUAGAGAGGAUCAAGUCUCUAGAACUCGAUCUGGACAAAACCAAAUCAGUAUUACACUUAACAUUAACAAAACAGCUUCAGAUAACAGAACAGCUUGAAUCUAAUUACCACAACCGAAGAAAACGAUGCUGUAUGUGAAGUUUUUGGUAUUGUCAGAAGAGUGAUAUGAGGAGACGCAACAUUCCAUAUGCAGCAUUGCAGGACCUUUGGAACUAUUUUUUUGGUUUUUUGGUUGUUCCCUGUAAAUUAAUAUCUAAAUAUCUGAGUGAGGGACCAAAUAAUUAUACGUAGGUGUUUGAAUAUUGAAAAGUUAUCUUUAAUUUACCAAAUACAAAAGCUUACAUAAUUGGUGAAUUGUAAUAGUUGAGCAAACAUGG